GCGCUGUAGGAGCGGCGGGCGGCCAGUGCACGCCACUUGCUGUGUCCACAGCUGGCUCCACGCGCCCCACUCGGGCGUCCGGCGUCCUGGCGGCUUGGGUGGCGGCGGUUCGGGCAGUCGCCUGGCUGCUCCUCGGGGCGGCGACCUGGCUCACGCGCGGGCCCGCCGCGGCCUUCACUGCCGCAAGCUCUGACGCCGGCAUAAGGGCCACGUGUUCUGAAAUUACUUUGAGACAAGAAGUUUUGAAAGAUGGUUUCCACAGAGACCUUUUAAUAAAAGUGAAGUUUGGAGAAGGCAUUGAGGACUUACAGAGGUGCCGACUCUUAAUUAAACAGUACAUUCCUACAGGACUUUUUGUGGAUCCAUAUGAGUUGGCUUCAUUACGAGAGAGAAACAUAACAGAGGCAAUGAUGGUUUCGGAAAAUUUUGAUAUAGAGGCCCCUAACUAUUUGUCCAAGGAAUCUGAAGUUCUCAUUUAUGCCAGACAAGAUUCACAGUGCAUUGAUUGUUUUCAAGCCUUUUUGCCUGUGCACUACCGCUAUCAUCGGCCACAUAGUAAAGAUGGAGAAACCUUUACUGUGGUCAGUAACCCAGAUUUGUUGAUGUAUUGUGACCAAGAGUUCCCGAUUUUGAAAUGCUGGGCCCACUCAGAAGUGGCAGCUCCUUGUGCUUUGGAGAAUGAGGAUAUCUGCCAUUGGAACAAGAUGAAGUAUAAAUCAGUAUAUAAGAAUGUGACUCUGCAGGUUCCAGUGGGACUGACUAUACAUACCUCUUUAGUAUGUUAUGUGACUCUGCUCAUUACAAUCCUGUGCUCCACUUUGAUCCUUGUAACAGUUUUCAAAUAUGGCCAUUUUUCCCUAUAAGUUUUAUGUAGUUAAAUGCUUCCUAGAAACCUAAAUAAGAUCUAUUAAAUUCUGAUAAGAGGUGUUCUUCUAGAAUUGAGCUAGUAACUUUUAUCAUUUGUCUUCAUUUGUGGCCAAAAUUAUGUUUACUAGAGGAAAUCUGGGAUCAUUCUCAGCUAAUUCCAAAACUUAGUGCUCUAUUGCAUAGAUCCUUGGUAAUCCUCAAGCAUCAAAUGCCGUUAAGAGAAAACUUAAUUCUGCUAAAUUGAUGUUUAUUUUGUGAGAAGUGACUUUAUCUUCAUUUGGGAUAGAAAAAUUAUUUCUUUAUGUAGUAGAGACAAAUUAUUCUCAUUUUGUGAAUACUUUCCAUGUAAGCUACAAAUUGUGAAAACCGUACAAAUAAGAAUAAAAUAGGCCAGGCACAGUG